GGUGGGAGGAGGCGGCCGGAGUUGGCCUCAGGCGGCCGCUUGACCCGCUGCUCCUUCCCGCCCUACGAGGCCUAGUCGGGGGCCACUCAUUGUCCCUCCGGGGCGGGGGGAGGGGGCGUGGCUAAUAGCUUCGCCUCUUUAGUGAAGCGUGGUUGGGAGACUUAUUCUCUCGCCCGUUAGACUUCUCCCCCUAUUAAUCCCCUCCCAGGCCUUCAGGGGACAGCAGCACAUUCUUUUUGAAGGGGGGGGGGGCGGUGCGCGCAUCUGUCUUAAUUGAGGCUCUUCAUUCUUCUUAGAACUCUGCCUGAUUUUUUUAGUACAUUUUUUCUAACUGGGGAUAAAGUUAUACAUUUUCCAAGAAAAGGGGGGGGGGGAUCACUAUUUCCCCACGUCCCCCAUUUUUUAAAAAAGUAGUGCCCCUAAUAAGCUCCCUGUGUAUGUUAAGGGGAGAUGGGGUAUUCCUAAAAGUUUCUUGCAGGACUUUCCCCUUUUGCUUUCUCAACAUCUUUCCCCUCCUACUUUUGGGAUGCGUGACUUUGAAUGCACCCAGUAGCACCUGUUUGCUACGACCAGGGCCGGGUCGUGGGAAGGCGAUGCGCACCUCCCCGGUGGCGGGAAUGGCUUUUGGCCCUGCUGUUUGACUGAGCUCGGCAGUCCCGCUAGUCUGCUUUUCUCCCCCCCUCCCCCCCCCCUCGUUUGGGCAGCAUGAAUUUUUCAGAGUGUUUUAAACUCUCCGGCCAGUUGUGCAAGUUCUCUCCGGAUGGAAACUGCCUGGCCUCAGGUGUGCAAUACCGUCUGGUGGUCCGCAGCACAGACACCCUCCAAAUCCUGCAGCUCUUCACCUGCCUGGAUCAAAUCCAGUACAUUGAGUGGUCUUCAGAUUCGCUGUUUAUAUUAUGCGCAAUGUACAAACGAGGGAUUGUGCAGGUCUGGUCCCUGGAGCAGCCCGACUGGCACUGCAAGAUCGAUGAAGGCUCAGCGGGUCUGGUGGCUUCUUGCUGGAGUCCGGACGGCCGUCACAUUCUCAACACCACGGAAUUCCACCUGCGGAUCACUGUCUGGUCCUUGUGUACCAAAUCUGUGUCUUAUAUCAAAUAUCCGAAGGCCUGUCAGCAGGGAAUAGCAUUCACGAAAGAUGGCCGCUACAUGGCCUUGGCAGAGCGGAGGGACUGUAAGGAUUACAUCAGCCUCUUUGUUUGCAGCGACUGGCAACUUCUGAGGCAUUUUGACACUGAGACACAGGACAUGGCUGGGAUCGAAUGGGCUCCUAAUGGUUGCGUGUUGGCAGUGUGGGACACCUGCCUUGAGUAUAAAAUCUUGCUGUAUUCCCUCGAUGGCCGUCUGCUGUCCACUUACUGUGCCUAUGAAUGGUCACUUGGUAUUAAAUCGGUCUCUUGGAGCCCCAGCAGCCAGUUCUUGGCAAUUGGCAGUUAUGAUGAAAAGGUGCGCGUUUUGAACCAUGUGACGUGGAAGAAGAUUGCUGAGUUUGAACACCCUAUAACUGUUGCUAGCCCAAGGAUAGUCGUCUAUAAAGAAACAGAGAAAUCUCCAGCAGUGGAAAUGGACAAACUUCUCUUCCCUCCUUCCAAGACAGCUGCAAGCUCUCUCUUCAGUACAAAGAGUAAAUAUGAAAUUGGCCAACUCCCUGUUUCUUUGCAUCAUGUCAAACCUGCAAUUGAUCGAGCAAAUCCUAGAAUUGGAGUUGGAAUGUUGGCUUUCAGCUCAGAUAACAGUUUCCUGGCAACCAGAAAUGAUAACAUUCCCAGUGCUGUCUGGAUCUGGGACAUGCAAAAGAUGAAACUGUUUGUGGUCUUGGAGCAGCUGUGUACUGUUCAACUGUUCCAGUGGGAUCCCUGCCGGUCCCGACUUGCCAUCUGCACCGCAAACAGCAGAGUGUACCUGUGGUCUCCGGCAGGAUGUGUGUCCGUACAGGUGCCAAUGGAAGGUGACUUCCAGGUGGUUUCUUUGUGCUGGCACUCCAGUGGGGAUUCUAUGGCUGUCAUGACUAAGGAAAACUUCUGCGUGUGUUACCUGGAAAGAGAGGCAGAGGAGGUGAAAUAGCAGCGCUCCAUGAAAGCUCAAAGUGAAAAUGGGAUGCUGGCUAAUGCAUUCUGCAACAUUUGGGGGAGGGAACCCCCUGCUAGAUUUGCAGUGAACUCUGUUUAGCGUGGGGAAAUGGUGUAAUUUAAGCCUGUAUAUAUAGAUGUGGCAGCACUAAUCUGUUACUGUGUGAUAAUGCUUUGUUUAAAUUAAUGUAGCCAAGGAGACUAAAAGAUAGUGGCCAUUACUUUUUAAUACAGUGUCUAUUUUUACAGUGUUUAAAUCAUUUAGUUGUCUUGAAACUUCAAUAAACAAUUUGAUUAUAGAAGAAA